UGCAACUAUAUAUAACUCUUCAUUACCAAUCAACUCACUCAUCAAAUCAAAAUCGUUUCUUUAACUCAAAUCCAUGGAGAUGGCAGCCAAGUUUUCAUAUUAUCUACUAGGAGGCUUCAUUCUCCUUUCUUCAUUUGUUUCGUUAUCUUCAUCAUACUUCGACAACAACGAAAUUUCUUCCGACAUUGUGUCCAGGCGUCUACUUAAAAUAGCCUCUAAUAGGGCAAAACAGUAUCUGAUCCCUCACAACACAUUAAGAGCAGAGCUCCGGCUCCCUCCUCUCAGAUGGAGCAAAAAGCUGGCAAAAUUUGCUUCCUGGUGGGCACAUAAGAGGCAAGGAGAUCGUGGUUUGAUUCAUUCGAAGAGCGAUUACGGGGAGAAUCUCUUCUGGGGAAGCGGCAAGGAUUGGAAGCCGAGAGAUGCAGUAGCGGCAUGGGCAGCGGAGAAGAGGAACUACAACUAUAAAACUAAUAGCUGCAGAAAUAAUAAUCAGUGCCUGCAUUAUACUCAAAUGAUUUGGAGAAAUAACUUAAAGGUCGGAUGCGCCAAAGUCGUGUGCCGAAGCGGCGAUACAUUGAUCUCGUGUAACUAUGAUCCCCAUGGUAAUGUGGUAGGCCAGAAGCCUUUCUAAGUUUAAAUGGCUUUGGCUGCAACUCACGCAGGCAAGCGUGAUGGAACCAUA